AUGGCGGGGGCAGCGGCGGCGCGGCUGCGGGCAGAGAUCCGGCGGCGGGAGCGCGAGCUGCGCGGGCUGCGGGAGCGGCUGGCGGCCGAGCUGGCGCGGGGGGACACGGCCGAGCAGGAGGAGGACGCAGAGCGGGAGCGGGACGAGGCAGCCUGCGGGGCGCGCCAGCCCUCGGCGGCCGAGCCGGCGCGGGGGGACGCGGGGGAUGCCGAGGAUGAGGAUGGAGCCCGCGGGAUGCGGGAGCGCCUGGCGGCCGAGCUGGCGCGGGGGGACUCGGGGGAUGCCGACGAGGAGGAUGAGGACGACGAGGAGGAUGAGGAGGAGGGAUCCCUCGGCUUCCCCGCGGAGCUGCCGCCGCUGCCGGCGCGGUCGGCGCUGAGCGCGGCCGAGAUCCUGCGGUACAGCCGGCAGCUGGUGCUGCCCGAGCUGGGCGUGCGGGGCCAGCUGCGCCUGGCGCGGAGCUCCGUGCUCGUGGUGGGCUGCGGCGGGCUGGGCUGCCCGCUGGCGCAGUACCUGGCGGCGGCCGGCGUGGGCCGCCUGGGGCUGGUGGAUCACGACGUGGUGGAGACGAGCAACCUGCAGCGGCAGGUGCUGCACGGCGAGGCGCGGCGCGGGCGGCCCAAGGCGCGCUCGGCGGCCGCGGCGCUGCGGCGGCUGAACUCGGCCGUGCAGUACGUGCCGUACCGCGGGGCGCUGCGGCCGCGCUCCGCGCUGCGCCUCGUGCGCCAGUACGACAUCGUGGCCGACUGCUCGGACAACGCGCCCACCCGCUACCUGGUGAGCGACGCCUGCGUGCUGGCCGGCAGGCCGCUGGUGUCCGGCAGCGCGCUGCGCCUCGAGGGGCAGCUGGCCGUGUACAACCACCGCGGCGGGCCCUGCUACCGCUGCCUGUUCCCGCGGCCGCCGCCGCCCGACACCGUCACCAACUGCGCCGACGGCGGCGUGCUCGGCGCGGUCACCGGCAUCAUCGGCUGCUUGCAGGCGCUGGAGGUGCUGAAGAUCGCCUCGGGCAUGGGCUCCUCCCUCAGCGGCUCCAUGCUGAUGUUCGACGCCCUGGAGGGCAGGUUCCGCAACAUCAAGCUGCGGCCGAGGCGAGCGGACUGCGCCGUGUGCGGGGACAGCCCCAGCAUCACCUGCCUGCAGGAUUACGAGGCGUUCUGCGGCUCGUGUGCCACGGACAAGUGCCGGGCGCUGCAGCUGCUGCCCGCCGCCGACCGGCUCUCGGUGCAGCAGUACAAGGCGCUGCUGGACGCGCGGGCCCCGCACGUGCUGCUGGACGUGCGGCCGCCGGUGGAGGCGGACAUCUGCCGCCUGCCGCACGCGCUGCACGUCCCGCUCCGCAGCCUGCAGGACCGCGAGCAGCACGCCCUGCAGCGCCUGCAAGAAAGGGUUCGCCAGGAAAGGCAGAGAACUGAUGGCCAAAGCCCGCUCCCUGUGUAUGUCGUGUGCAAGUUAGGGAAUGAUUCCCAGAAGGCUGUAAAAAUUCUGCAGGAGUUACCCGCCGAAGAAUUUGGUUCUGUGGUAGCUAAGGAUAUCAAAGGGGGGCUCAUGGCUUGGGCCACUAAAAUCGACUCAACCUUUCCUCAGUACUAGAAUUUUAAAUGGUGAAAAAACCCACAUAUCUUCAGAGUAAGUUCUAUAGGGUUCCAUCUCCUCUGUGUAAUGGCUCUAUCACAUGGGAAAACCAGACAGAAAUACCAUACUGCUUUUUUAUGUUACCUUUUUUUCCUAAGAAAAAUGCUUAUUUUUGUAGCUGUCUGAUUAUUUUUAUAAAAAUGUAAAUCUGUCCAUGAAAGUGGAAAGAAAUGUUGGUUAUGUGGGAAGAAUUCCUUGGUUAUGAUUUAAUAGUAAAAACUUGGCAUAACUACUGACUUGUGCACGUGAUGAUUGAGAAUAUCCUAAUUAGCAAUUGUAACCUGGAAAACAGCAAAACACAGGAAUUAUGUUAUUGCUCAGUCUCUGAAGUGAUUAACAAAUUGAAACAGUGCAUGAAUUGAAUAAAAAAUAAUUACUGUUAAUCCCUA